CAACAAGAUGCAGAAGGCAAGCUGCUUGGCUUGAGUUCUUCCAAGAAGGCACGCGCCCGACGGCAGAGUCUUGGUGCCGGAAGAGGUAACUUAACCGACUGUACCUUCCUCGAUCUGGAUAGUCUUUUGCCUGAGGCACACAGAGUGAGUGUCCAUUGGUUCGUUGGUGUGUUGGUGGGAGGCAGCAAGAGCAGGAGCGAGUAUGGGGCAACCGUGCCGUGCUUGCCUCCCAUCACCAGUCUUCACGGUUCACCAGACUUCCAUGCAGCCUUAGGCAAGACAUGGUUGGAUUCCCAGGACCUGCGGAAUUGUAGAUACUCUCGUCCUUGGGCAAGACAAAUCUAG